AUGGCGGCAGUGUUUGCCGGGAGACUUGGCCAGCCCGGGCCCUCCGCGGCCGUGGGCGGGGGAGCGGCUGGCAGCUCGCCACGGUGGUCACCACCACCACCACCACCACCACCACCACCACCACCACCACCACCACCAUACAACAAUAUAGUGGCCCGAUGGCAGCACGGGGGAGUUGCCGCCCCCUGGGGACGGCUCACAAAAGCGCCGCCUCAUCGGCAUGGGCGGCACGGCGGCGGCGCAGCGGAGGCAGCAGGCAGCAGGCGGGGGGCACGCGUGUGCCGGCCGCAGCCGUGCCGGCCAGUGUCCGCUCUGGAGACCGGGCCGAGCUGCGUGUGGGCGGCGGCCGGCGAGCGGGCGACCACGUGCGGCGGCCAGCCUUGA